CCCCAUUGAUGUGCUGAUUCAUCGAUGGCCACACUGAGUAUCUCACACACAGGUCAGUCAGUCAGUCAGUCAGUUCGUCAUCAUACCAACAGACGGAUUGAGAACACCCUCCAAGCAGCCAGUCAGCCACCGUCCCCAUGGCACGCAGUGCAGGCAGCAGGUGAGCCAUCACUGACUGCAUCGUUCACGAGACACCUGCCUAGCCUAGGUGGGUGGGUGAGCACAGGAACACCUGCCUGCCUGCCUGCUUGCAUUCCAUCCACCGCCGUCCACACUGUCGAGCGCCGCUUGCAAAGAUAACACAGUGCCGCGCGACAGGGAAGCACUCGAGUGAGUCAGACGGCGACAACCAUACCAUCCACAAAUCAAAGUCCCCCCCAUCCCUGCCACCCAAACCUGUCUAUGUCCGCAUCUCAUGUGAGCUGCAGCGACCUGAAUGUCUCCCUCCCGUCCCGCCUCUUCUCGACCCACCCCACAGCCACCCACACCACCGCAGCCACAUCUUUGCUGAAGCCGUUGUCGAUCUCCCCCGCCAGCCCCCACUUAGCCGCCUCGUCCAGGAUGGCCCGCUGCACCACCUCACGCAACUCCAUCUUGCGGCCACCCACACCGCCCACCACAAAGCACUGCAGCUGCGGCACACGCACCACCUGGCCGCCCACAUCGGCCGUCCCGCCCACCACCUCCCUGUUGCUGCUGGCCCUGUACACUGCCGAGUGGACGAAGUGCUCCGCUGCCGCACACACACGGCGGGCCAUGUCGCUGCGCCGCACACCGAUGGCCUCACUGAUGGCCUCCUGGGCGGCGUCCAUGUCGAAGAGGUAUGACGCGAUGCGCCGGCCGAAGAUGGGGGCCUCCUGCGGGCCGACGGCCAGCCGGAGGGUCAGAAGGGCCGCGAGGGAGCGGUGGGGGGCGAGGGCGGCGUUGACGGCUGACAUGACGGCAGGGCCCACCUUGUUGAGCACCGUGGCGUACUCCGUCAGCACCAACUGACGCUCGCGGCGACGGUCCUCUGUGGCUGUGGGGAUGAGAUUGAUGUCGGCCGCCGCCCGCAGCAGGCUGCGGAUUGUCAGCUUGAACCUGUCACUUUCGGCGCGAUUUCGCUCCUUAGUGUGCUCGGGCGUCUCCGGGUCCUGAAGCUCUCGAGUUCGACGAUCGAGCUCCUCGGCAGCCAUGGCGAGGGGCGUGUGGCCGCGGUUGUCCUGUCCGUUGAUCUGGUCAGCGGGCAGCUUGCGGCAGAGGUGGUCGGCCACUUGGGGAGAGCCAUGCACUGCCGCGAAGCACAGUGGCGUCCAUCCAAUGCCGACGGCUUCCGUCAUGUCGGCCCCGUGCUGUGUGAUGAGGUCGAGGUAGGCGUCGAUGAAGGACUUGGAGUAGUACCCCCGCGCCCGCAAGGCGGCCUCGCGCACCAGGUUGCCACCCGCCCCAUUUCCUUCGGUGGCGAGGGUGGGGUCCUCUCGGAUGAGGCGCUCAUACAUCGACAUGAGCACCUUCUCAUACUCGGGGGGAACGGGGCUCUCCGGGGGCCACAAAGAUAGCACGCAGAGUCCACCUCCACGCAGGCGGAUGCCGGGCCGCUCCAUCAGCAGCUUGAAGGCCGUCUCGUUGCCUGCGCAAAUGGCCCUUUGGAGGGGCGGCGACCAAAACCAGCUUGGCGUGUUGAUGUCGGCGCCUCCGUCGAUGAGUGCGGUCAUGACGGCCUCCUGCAGCCCAGCAGACGACCACUGCGGUAGGACAGCGGGGCGGCUAGCACCCUCAUCGGCUUCUGCACGGAUGGUCGGCAUCGCGUUGUCUGACAGGUUGUCAAUGGCAAGACAAAGCAGCGAGUGGGCGCGGCCACGACACUUGCUGGGGGGGCUGCCGGGCCAAUUACGCAUGCUGCCCUUCUUCCGCAGCCGAGAGACGACGUUUGGGUCGGCUCCUUGCUGCCGAAUGAGGUCGGUCACUUGGUGUGGGGUGAUGAUGCGGCCGAUGAUACUCAGUGUCAGCUCCUUGGUGGCCUCGGUGGUGCCAAGAGGGAAGCGAGCCUCGAUGUCAUUGACGCCCACACAGCCGUCUGCGACAGUCACGCCAGUGGCCGCCACCACAGGGUGACCUGCAGCACAAUGCACAGAGCCACCACACGAGGCGGGCACACAGUGAGUGUGUGUGUAGCCUUGUCACAUCUGUGUGUCAGGCGUACCAUGCUCCUGGUAGCCGUCGCCGAGUGGGUCACCCCGAUCACCUGAGUCCUCACUGUCGUCGCCAUCACCAUCCGCCUCCUGCAUGGUAUCCCGAAACCACACACAAAGGGGCAAGGAAGAACGUGACGGACAUCGAAUCGACGGGGAGUGUGUUCAUGAGUGCCUCACCGGUUCGCUAUCGGCUCCUGCCUGUGCACUUUCCACCUCAUCGGCCGUUGCCUCGGCCAUUCCGCCCUCCUCCUUCUGCUGCUCGUCUGACCACAGACACAGUCGACGCACCGACAGAGAACACAUGAGUGUGCCGUACUGCUAGUGUGUUGACUGGCCUGUGUGGCAUGAUAUCGAAUAUCACUCACCACUAUCAACGCCGCGAUUGCGAUUGUCGUCCUCUGUUGGUCCGCCGCCGCUAUGCCCCUCCUCGCCUAAAUUGUCUGCAGACACAAUGAAACGCACAACCGCAUAAACGCAGUGGCGGGAUGCCGUAUGUGUGAUGUGUUGUGCAUUUGGUUGUGGUGUACCUGCAUCGCCACCGUCACCGUCACCGUCAGCCAUGGCAGCGGAGGCCAUGCCGAUGCCGUAAGACUCAGACAUCACUCAAACACACACCAAUU